CGGUGGCAGGCAAGCGGGAGCAGCAGGCGAGCGGGAGCAGCAGCAGUCAGGGGCGAGAGACGGACUCCGCGUCGCGCUUGAUCGCUGCGACGGUGAGCGAGCGAGAUAACGAAGGCGGACGGAGAAAUCGCGCCAGCUGCAAUUUGUCGUCCCGCAUUCGACGACCUCGCUCUCGCUCUCUCUCGCUCUGCUGCUCGGCGAUCACGAGCUCGCGCUGGGACGAGGAGCUUGCUGUCAAAAGCCCGAGGACCCGCGAGCUCCGAGGCUUAUUCCACAUGUUGAUGCCUUUGCUGCGCGCCCGGGAGACGCAGAGGAGUGGAGAAAUUAUGGGCCUGCCAAUUAUGCUCGAGUUCGUCGAUGCGGUGUUCAAGCGAUUGCAUCUCUGGGUGCGCACCUGCGUCUACGUUGCGGCCGUGAUCGCCGAAGCUCUGCAUAAUGGAGACUCCAGCCCCUACCACGUGACCUGACCGGCUGUUCUGCGGCAUGGAGAGUUCCGACGCCUUUGAAUUUGAUGUUCGACUAGCGAAAUUCCAUGCGCAGGCUCUCCAGCUCGAGCUGUCGGUGUGUCCAUCGCCUCUUGCGAGCAGGGCUGAGGAUGUGACGGAGUCGCCCGCAGGCGUCGACAAGACUCCGGCGAAUUUCGGCGACUCUCCUCGGUUCCAAAUUUUGGCGCCGCACCCAGUGGUGAAUCUGGUGACGAUGUUGCCUCACUCUUGAUGUAUGAACUACUAGUACUGCAACAUGAGAUCGUGGGGAAUCAAUGAUGCCGCCAAUCCUCUCCUCGAGGAUAUCAUGGCACCGGCAUAUUUCUGUGCCCUCGGUUCGCCCUACCGUCGGAGCAGGAAAGUAAAUCUUUGCCUCGGGCAGUCAUUGUCUAAGCGUUCGAUAGCUGCUGUAGUUGCAACGAUGGAGGAGUCGCCUAUUGUUUGACUUGAAAUAUAUGGUUGCACAAAUGGCUCACUGUACAUUUCAAGAGCUCGUAAAAUUUCCGUAGCUCUCAGUUUGUCAGAGUCCGGAUUGCAGUCUGUUUUUCUGAGCCAUUUAGGCUUCGGGUCCCCAAAAAAAAAUCAAAUUUCAUGAGAAAUUGAGCCCGUGCGCCGCUCGGGUUGAGGCGAUCCCACUCGGGACGCAGUCAGCUUUGCGCACAGGUCGAGUGCGGAGGUGAAUUGCUUCCUGCUGCUUUCGAGCACACUGCAUGGACGCAGGGUGCUGCUGUUGUUCGACGGCGUUCAUGAUCUUGGGAACUCGCAGGGUUGGGCGUCUCAUGGCCUCCCUGCGUGCUUCGCCACUAGAAUCUGCUGCCAAGGCUCCUCCUUGUACCGUGACAUGGCGGCCAUCAGAAUUUGACGACAAGGCGGUGUAGGAGAUAUAUAUCCUCGGAAGCAGACACGAGAAGUGGAUAUGGGCGUGAAGCUGCGGUGAAGUUCGAAAGCUUUGGGGGGAAGCGGAGAAGUAAUGGAGGAUGUUUUUUGUGGGACUCACGAAAGUUAGGCAUGUCGGAAGUCGGUCACAUCGUUCGGAGUUCGUGGAGAGCUGCCGAAUCUGUGCGCCGUCGGAUUACUUGAGAAAAUUCUUAUGACAUUGUAGGUCCGUCCCAGCUUGAAAUUCAACAAGAAGAAAGCACCUGCCAGGCGAGGGGGAGAUCCGAUUCAAGUGAAAGCUUCUCUGUGGAAACACCGACGUGGGUGAACUUUGAAGCACCUUGAAGGCAGUCGGCAGCGGAAGUGUACGAGGAAGGAAGUGGAAAUUCGUCGUCUGUGCUACUGAAGAGAGUCGAGUCAAGAAUCUAAUGGUGGAGUGCGAAGAUUAGAUGGAGCGAGAGACGCCACCAGGAAUAUCGCACAGGUUUGACGGAAGAAAAUUCUACACACUUGGUCCUGCGGGAAGAUUGUCACUGGUCGAAGACGGGAUUGAAUCAGAUUUGCAGCUGUGUAUUUGUGCACGCGAUGGCGGAAGUGGGGUCGAGUUGAGGGCCAUUCACAGCACGAUGCACGAUGAGAGCCAGUGACAAGAAGAAUCGGAAAAAUAUUCGCAUGGAAAGACCGUCGCUGCCAUGAAAGUCUUAGUUAUUGUGAGCGAGAGAGAGCUUGUUUGAUUCGGGUAGAAUCAGGUGGCGCAUGAAGGUUUGCACGGAGGAGACGUGUUACCGCUCUAAACGAGGAGAUCAAGAAGCAAUUGUUGCCUGUGAAAAUGGGAGAAUACAGAGCCUUAGAAGACUUUACAUCUAAAUCGAGAUGUUCGAGGCGGUAGAGGUUAACGUAGCAAAAUUAUGCCACCGUCAUCAUGGAGAAAAGAGAGCAACGAUUGCUUGUUGUGCAAGUCUCAUUGUCACCUAGAAUUCGAAUCUGAACUCCAGCUCUUGUGCCAAGGCAGACUGAGAGCACUUAUAGUAUGAAAUACAAAUACUGGCCUCUGAGAUUUUCAUGUGUGCUCUGAG